GCGGUGCUCGCUGGGCACUCCCGGAAGGACGUCGGUCGGUUCCGGUCCGGUAGCAGAACUGCAAGAGAGGAAGCCCUGGGGGUGAGUCCCGGACCCCAGACGCCUCCUUGGGCCUCCCUGCCUGGUUAUCUUUCCCGGCCGAAGCUUCAAACUCCACCGAGGAGUCCUGGCUUCUGAGCAUGGGUUUGGGGCCACGUGGGUGCGACUUUCAUUCUUUUGGAGAAUCAACAGCCCUACUUCCUGCGGAUUUCCUAACCUCAGGCUGCCUUGUGUAGAGAGACCCUGCCAGAACCAUGGGGGUACCUCCCCAACGUGAGAAAGGAGCCAGAAGUCGGAAGAGACCAAGAAAGGAGGGUUCAGGUGUCUCCUCGGCCAAGAAGGAAGGUUCGAAGACAAACCAGGGCGGCCCGCUCCCUCGAUUGGAGCCUGCAGCAGCUGAGUAUUUCCAAAGGGCCCACGAGACCUUGAAAUCUGGGUUUGGCUCUGAUGAGGAGAAAGCGCUGUUUGUCAGCAACGUUUUGGAGGAAGCCGCGGCUGUUGCUGUGCCUCUGUCCCUGGACCCAGCCGGCUCCCUUCUCCUGCAGGCCCUGGUGCCCUCCGCUUCGCCUGCCAGCCUUUGCCGCCUCCUGCGGGCCCUGAUCCCCUCCCUGCCCUUGGUGGCUCGCCACGCCUGCGGGGCCCACAUCCUGGAAGCUGCCCUGCUGAGGGCCCCGCUGUCGAUCCAGGAUGGCGCGGAGGACUCUGGGACUCUGGAAGACCUGGUUUUGGAGCUGGGCAGGAGCGUGCAGGAGGAACUGUCGGCCUUUGCGCUGGACGCCCAUGCCAGCUUCGUGGUGCGGACUCUGCUGCAGGCGCUCGGAGGGGCCCGCGUCGGUUCAGACGGGGGUCGUGGGCUCCAGGUAUUAGGGACUUCGCAUUCCAGAGCCAAGCAAGCCAAACCAGGAAGUGAGGGUCCCUCGGACUUCGAGGUCCCCGGCUCCUUCUUGUCCCUCCUGCAGGGUUUCAGCGAAAGCUUUUGUGAGCUUAUUUCCGAUUUCAUCACCAACAAAUUCUUCAGCCUCUGCCUCCAGGUGGCACUGGAAGUCUUGCACCGGAAAUUGCCGGAAGCUUGUUUCCAGCUCUGCUGCUCAGUGAUUGGCUACCUGAGCUCUCGCAACCCGGCCGCUGGGCAAAGCGCCCUCCUGGUGUUCCUGAAGGACGCGACGUGCAGCCGGGUGCUGGACAAGGUGCUGGAAGUGUCGGACCCGAAGGGCCUGUGCUCUUUCUACAAGGUCCACGUCAAAGGGCAGCUGCGGGACCUGGCCGUCCACCCCGUGGCCAACUUCACUCUCCAGCGGCUCAUCCGGGCAGCCCCCCGCAAGCUGCUAGGAAAACUGUUUGAAGAGCUGAGCCCCGGCCUGGAAGAAAUCCUGGCUCUUGAGCACCUGGGCGUGGUCACAGCCCUCUUGGGGGCCUGCCGCAAACACGGGGCUAACCAGCAGGAGGUGCUGCAGAUACUCAUGAAGGCUUUUCACUGCUGGGAGCCCCCUUCCCGCCAGUUGGUGUGUGCCCCUCUCAUCGCUUCGCUUCUGGCUUACGAGGUGUAUCACGGCGAGGAGGAGGAGGAAGAGACAACGUUGGAGGAGCAGCGUCGUCUGACCUCCAUCUCCUAUCACGGCUCCUUGAUGCUCCAGCACUGUUUGCAUUUUGCCAACCCCUCCGUCCUGCUGCGCAGCUUGGCUGCCACGACCCCCCAGGAUCUGGUCACGCUGGCCUGUGACCCAGCAGGCAGCCACGUCUUCGACGCCCUCCUGGCCAGCCCUUCCGUCCCCGGGAAGCAGAGGCGGAAAGUCCUGCGCCUGCUGAAGGGCCACCUCGUCUCUCUGGCCUGCAGUAAGCACGGGAGCCGGGUGUUGGACGCCAUCUGGAGCAGAGCCACGCUGCCAGCUAAGCGGGAGAUGGCCCAGGAACUGGCGGAGCAAGAGCAGAAGCUGCGGAACGACCCCUUCGGCCACCACCUGGUUCGCAAUUUCGCCUUGACGCACUUCCUCAAGCGCCGCCAAGACUGGGACCGGCUCCAAGAGGCAGAGAAGAAGCGGCGGGAGCUUUUCGCCGACAUCUUGGAGGACUGACUUGGGCGGGAGAGGGGGUGCGUCCUCCGGGCUGGAUGGAAGACUGGAGCGGCUGCCCCGGGGCAAUGGAGGCCUGUGUCCUCCAGGGGGCGCUCCAUAUUUGUGCUCCUUGCUUUUUCUCACCACAAAGACUUUGGAGGACUGUCCACCAGAGGGGGCUAGAGGCACCCUUGUAUUCUAUUGUCUACUCCCUAAACCCUCCAUGUAAUUAAGUGAAUUAUUUCUUAA